AUGACUGGAAAAGCAUACCAACGAAUACAAAUGAAAAAUCAUUGGGAUGUGUUGAAAAAAGACUGGCUUUUGUGGAACAAUCUGUUAAGGGAUAAGAUAGGCUUAGGCCGUGAUACAUUGACUGGAGCUAUAUCUGCAUCUGAUGAGUGGUGGACUAAGAAAUUGGAGAGAUAUCCUGAUGCUGCUAAAUUCCGGCGUAUGCCAUUGCAAUUCACUGAAGACUUAGACAUAUUAUUCUCAGAUUCAGCUGCUACAGGAGAAUGGGCAUACACUCCUAGCUCAGGGGUUAUGCCUCACACUGAUGAGACUGUGGAGGAAUUUCAUACCCCACAUGAUGCUGAAUUUCUUAAUGAUGCUGAUUUGAAGGUGGUUCGUCCUUCCGAGUUAAACAAAAAACGUCCAUUAAAUACUGAUGGUUCAUCAACCAAGAGCAAGAGAAAGAAGAAAUUUACUGGUGCAGCUCUACUUACCAAGACACUUGAUCGUAUAGUCAACGUGGUUGAGUCAUCUUUAGCAACUUUAACACAGACCUCAUUAAGAUAUCCUUCAAUUGCAAAAUGUUGGGCGAAGUUGGAAAGCAUCCCUGGUGUAUCCCCAGAUGAUGAGCUGUAUGUAUGGGUUGCCCGAUUAUUCUUAUGA